AUGGCCUCUAUUACGUCGGAGGCUUGUGUGUCCUCGGCGGGAUCAAGACCUGAGGCCUGGACCGAAAUGGGUUGUUCAGGCCAGGGUAUCAAGAACAAGUCAUACCAGACCCAGCAUGUUCGACCUGAUUGCACUUGCUCUUUCGCUGGAGUUUCCAUUUCUGAGCUUAUCGCUGUGAUUUCCAAGGGUGAGACUUCCUUGGUUUCAUGGACCCCAGACGCCGGACUAAAACUGGUUGCAUAUAACCCCCAAUCCAAACAGAAAUACGUGGCAAUCUCACACAUAUGGUCGGAUGGUAUGGGCAACGAGAAUGAUAAUGCACUACCCGAGUGCCAGCUCUCUAGGAUUCAAGGCCUCCUCGACGAGUUGGACUCUACCACACGGCCCGAUGAGCCCCGAAAUCGAGUUUUCGGCCCCCAAGUCUUUUCUGAGAGCAGGAGUCCAGUGGAUCGAUCAGUUGGAUUCUGGAUGGACACCCUCUGUAUUCUGUCGGAUGAGAGAAGCAACGAGAAGCCAGAGUACAAGGAUAUCCGUGAUAGUUCCAUCAGCAACAUGCGGAAUAUCUAUAAGGGCGCGCAUCGUGCCCUCGUCCUUGACAAGUGGAUUCAGGAGAUCGACCUAUCAGCCGACGUCAUCGAGAAAGUUGCGCGGCUCUACUUAUCAAACUGGCAACAUCGGCUGUGGACUUUACAAGAGGGUGUCCUGGCGCAGAACCUUUUCUUCCAGUUCAACGAUGGUCAACUGGAGCUCGACGACCUGUGGCGCGAGGAAGUACACUACAAGGAGAAAGUUCCUGGCGUCUACAGCGGGAUCGUUCGGACAAUGUUGCCCUUAAUUCCUAUCUCUAAUCCGAUAUUGAAGGACGGCGAGGAAGGCGAUAACUUGGCACAGAAAUUUACACGUCUCCUGGGAGGCAUGGCCAACCGCAAAACCAGUAAAACAAAGGACGAGCCUGGUUGCAUUGCGACUUUCCCUGGGGAGAAUCCGGGACCCAUCCUCCAAUUUCGGACUGGCGAUGAGCGAAUGCAGUGUCUUAUCCGAAUGAUCGGUUCAUUCCCUCGGGAGCUGGUUUUCAAUGAAUUGCCCCGGCUACCGUUCGAAGGGUUUCGGUGGGCACCGAGGUCUUUCAUCGGGCAAUCGAAAUCCAUCUGGGCGAGAAACGAAGGGUUGUCCGAAAAUACUAAAUCACACAAGCUCUCCACAUAUGGUAGCUUACGCCAUCAUAAACGGGGAGGAUUUCUUGCGCAAUUCCCAGGUAUCAUUUUGCAUCAAGGCAGAACCGCUCCCGAGUGA